AUGUGGCAACUAAAAUUCUGGAACUGCCGGUCAACAUGGAAAAGAGCAGGGAUUAAUACACUGCGGUGCCUUGUUGGCUGUACCCUUGGUGACUUCUCCGCGCUGUGGAUGCUGCAAACCUACUAUCCCGCACUUGGCAUGGGCACAACUAUGGCUGCGUCCAUGGCGUCCGGGAUCACUACAUCGAUCAUUCUUGAAACCGUACUUCUUCGACGGGGCGUUGACCAACUCUCUUGGCCAAUGGCAGCGCGCACAGCAAUGGGCAUGUGCAUGGUCUCGAUGGUGGCAAUGGAGGCAGCUGAAAAUAUCGUUGACUAUCAUCUCACGGGAGGUGUAGUGGCUGUUGGAGAUCCCAAAUUCUGGAUGGCGGCUGUAGUGUCGAUGACUGCUGGCUAUCUUGCUCCGUUGCCGUACAAUUACCAUCGUCUGAAGAAGUAUGGAAAGGCCUGUCAUUGA